AUGAUGAGGGGAGCGAUAGCGAAGCUAGGAUGGGCGAGGGCCUGCGGCGGUGGGGCAAGAAGGUGGGGCGGAUGCGUGCCGCGGCACGAGGGGGUGGCGAAGGAGACGGCGGACGCGGUGGUGAUCGGCGCCGGCGUCGUGGGGAUCGCCGUGGCGAGGGAGCUGGCCCUGAAAGGGCGGGACGUGCUGGUGCUCGAGUCCGCUCCCACAUUCGGCACCGGGACCAGCUCCCGCAACAGUGAGGUCGUCCACGCCGGUAUUUACUACCCCCGCGACUCUCUCAAGGUGAGAAACCCUUCAGCCGCCGAUCCCGCCGGAGUAGAAAAACAGGAGCCGUAGGAGUAGAUAACCAUUUUUCUUCUUUUCUCGGUCGUUCGGCGCCCGACUGGCUCGUUCUAAGAAAAAAUUCGGCGGAAGAACUACCAAUGAGUGGGGAGCUUGAAACAUUCCGUAUCAAGGACGAUCGAUUUGCGAGAAUCAUCGGAUUUUCGGAAAAUAAAAGCAUGAUAACGCUCGCCCACGUUGAGCCAUGAAAUCUGUGAUGCAGAUUGCGUUCGGAUCAUUCCGUAGUCUGUGUUCCCUAGUUCUAUUUGCAUCCCUAUAUUUGAUACCAGGGAAUGAAAAAGUAAACGGAAUUUUUUUCCUCCACCGACGAAGAUUACCCAUCUUCAUCUCCCAGAUCCCUGUUCUUCUUAAAAAACGUCUCAGCUGGCUGAUCCUUGAAAUCUUCGUUGAGUUUCUGAAUCGAGCUGCUUCUCUCGUAUGAACAUAUUUGGGGCGGGGGAGGGCAGAAAAUUGAAGCAAUUUUUUAAAAAAUAAUCUGACGACUCUUUAGCUUCUUCAGAGAUUCCUGUGAUUAGAUUAAAGUUUCCUUCAAAUGCUUUAACUUUGUUCAUAAAUCAUCCUUUUUCUCUGUGAAUAAUUGGAUCUGAUAUUACCAUGUAUGAAGAGAAUAUGGUCAUCACUGGCCAUCGCCAGACCAAAGAAGACCAUCCUUUUUAGGUAAUAAGCUACUUCUGAACAUUAUUUACGGUUUGAAAGACUGGAAGUUUCGGGGACAAAUUCAUCAGCCCAUUUUAUGCGCUGAUGAUCGUGCCUAUUCCGUCUCCUCUUCCUUGAUCACUUCGCACCUAUGCAUACAAGUGGUGAUUUUUUUUUAAUUUAUGAGGGUUGAGAAAGCCGGAGAAAACGCAGAAAACACAUCCAUGGAUUCUAAUGUAUUUAUUUAACAUGAUCUGUUGUACCAGCGUGAAUCAUGAUCUUCUCAAUAAUUUUUUUCUCAGGCAAAACUUUGCGUUAGGGGUCGGGAAUUGCUCUACAGGUAUUGCUCCGACCGGGAGAUUCCUCAUAGUCAGAUCGGCAAGCUCAUCGUUGCCACUGGGGCUGCAGAGAUCCCAAAUCUAGAAUAUCUCUUGAGACGAGGAGCAGAGAAUGGUGUGGAGGGCUUGAGAAUACUAGAGGGCUCAGAAGCCAUGCGCUUGGAGCCUGAACUGCUAUGCGUUAAAGCCUUGCUGUCAACUUGCUCUGGCAUUGUGGAUUCUCAUUCUCUGAUGGUCGCCUUGUUGGUAACUCUCUUAACUUCAAAAAUCAUCGUUCUGCAAUGUUCUGAUCCUUUUUGUAUCAUCCAUGUAUAACGCAGCUUUUAGCUUGUUUCUUGUUUAUAUGGAUCUGGAUGGUCCCUUUGAUUUUAUAGGUCUGCAUAAUGGAAUAAAACAUUAAUGGGAUUUAAUCUGCGUUUAACUGUGAAAAUUAGAACAUGAUUUUUUUAUUAAAGUAUUUUAGAUGUUAAAGUAUUUUUAUUAAACUAGAGGAGAAAAGAGGAGAAUGGUAAAAUCCCAUCUAAGGUCCACUCGUUUGGUCAAUGGUGGAAUUAUAAUUCUUUUUUUUUUCUUAAAUUAUUUUAUAUGUUAAAAUGUUAUGCUAGAGGAGAACAUAGGAGAAUAGUAAAUCACAUCUAAGGUCAACGCGCUUAGUUAAUGCCCCCUUAACCAUCACUUGACUUAGUCUGCUUGAGUUACUGACACCAAGACGAGUAGACCCAUCUUUAUAUUAGCCCAUCCAUCUCAAAAUCGAUUGACAAUGAAUGAAUUAUACCAUCUUUACGAUCAUAAGCCUAUAAGUCAUAGCUUUUCUAUGUUGCACAUCGUCUUAGAUUUUUUCCAUGUGACUAGGAUAUUCUAAAAAAAGGCCUAAAUAGGCAAUAUCAUCGCCUUUCAGCUGAACAAUAACUCUUAAUGCCAUGCUAGAGUUAUUGGGUCAUACAACUCAAAACCAGUUGACCGAGAAUUCUGGACUAAGCCCAUCUUUAUGAUCAUAGUUUUAUCUCUAUAAUAAUUCAUACGGUACGAUUCUUAACAGAGUUCUUUGCGGGAUUUGAUCUGUUGAAUGGCUAGUCAUGGACCUCUUGCAUCUGAUAAAGGUAUUCUUAAAAAAAUGUUACUAUAUAUAAUAAUGCCGUCUCUCAGCUAUGUUCUUACUUUUUCUUGCUGUGAUAUUGCUGUUAUGCCGGACUCUGAUUAUGCAAUGUGGACUCAGGGGGAAGCUGAGUGCCACCGAACAACAGUAUCUUUCAACACUACUAUCAUAGGAGGCCAUGUUGAAGAUGGACGCCUUCAUCUGCAUAUUUCUGAAACCAGAGAUGUUGAGAGGGGGCUUGCUGAUUCCCCUCUGACACCCGAACUUGUGGUGACUCCCAAGCUUACUAUCAAUGCUGCUGGGCUUGGUGCCGUCUCUUUGGCAAAAAGAUUCCGUGGGUUACCCCCUGGAGUCACUCCACCCUCAUAUUAUGCUCGGGGGUGCUACUUCACCUUGAGUGAGACCAAGGUUCCUCCUUUCAACCACUUGAUCUAUCCUAUCCCAGAGAGUGGCGGCCUCGGGGUCCAUGUCACCAUAGAUUUAGGCGGGCAUGUCAAGUUUGGGCCAGACGUAGAAUGGAUUGAUUCUCCAGACGAAACGUCAAUCUUACUCAACAGGUAUAUGACUACAGCAUUCAAGAGAAAAACUCUCAGUUUGUGCCCCUGGGUUUUUUUAUGAUCGAAUUUCUCAAAGUGUUAAUUUUCAGUUUGAUUUUUUUUUCAACUAAUAUCCUUUAUUGCAUAUUUAUAUUUAGAAAUGUGAAAAUGGCUGUGAAUACGUAAUCAGUUUUAUGAAUAUAUUCAUGGUUCUGGCUUGGGAAGCUCUCAGUUCAAGUGUGCCUGGACAUUUUUUAAUGUUCGAUGUUUAAUUUGUUUAAUUUUUCUUGUAACCCAAGUGCUUGAGUUUGUACUUUUUCUAGAAAUAUGAAAAUGGGUAUAUAUAAUCAUAUAUAUAUUUUUUUGUGGUUUCUUGCAAAAACUCAGUUCAAGUAAACUUUUUCAAUGGCCUACUUUUUCAGUAUAAUUUAUUUUGGAUCCAAUGUGCUUGGUUUGAUAUUGUAGAAAAAUGAGACUGAUUGUAUAUAUAUAUACAAAACUUUUAUGAAUUCAUUCGUGGUUCUUACGUAAUAAAGAUUGCAGAAUUUCUGACAGACCAGCAUCUUGAUGCUGUUCAUGAUUCUAGUGUUCUGUACUAUUAACUUUCAUCCAAGUCAAGUUGUGUUGACCUCAUGUGUUCUUCAGGUUUGACUACUCAGUUGAACCCAGUCGUUCGGACAGAUUCUACUCUGAAAUAAAAAAAUACUACCCAAAUCUCAAGGACGGAUCUCUGGAGCCCGGAUACGCUGGCAUCCGAAUCAAGCUUUCUGGCCCUGGGGAUCCUCCCGCUGACUUUCUAAUUCAGGUAACUUUUCUGGAAAAAAUUUCAUACUGUUCUCAGUUGAUUAAGUAAAAAUUAAUUGAUAAUGCCACGAUUGGUCAUCCUGUAGUGAAAGGAUCUUUAUGAUUUUUUAGUCUCUGAAAUUGUGAGGAAUCCCUUCAUACGUAGAAAUGCCGAACGUGACAUAAACUUGAUCAUAAUAUCUUCCUUAUUUAUUUCGUAAAAAAGUCUAGAAAAAUUAGAUCCCAACCCAUACUUCCACGAAUCUUGGAGCUGCACCUACGUGGAGAAAAACUUUGACCGGGCUCUGAGCCCACCUUGUCCGUUGACGAACGACCCUCCUCUUAAUUCCAAUUCGGAGAAUUCAUUGCAUAAGUUGUUCUUGUUCGUGAGCUGAUGCUUCCCUUUACUUGAAAAAAAAAAAAAAACAGGGCGAGGAGACUCACGGGCUACCUGGGCUGGUGAAUCUGUUCGGCUUCGAGUCACCUGGUCUAACAUCGAGUUUGGCGAUUGCAGAGUACGUUGCAUCACAAUAUUCUAAGUGA